AUGUAUUUUUCAUUAUAAGAAAAAAUCAAAGAUAAAAAAUAUUUAAUUUGUGCUUCAGAUUCUUAGGGUGACUCGAAGGACCUAUAUUAAUUGUCGUCAAGAUCGUUAAGCAGAGAAAACCUGGAGGAGCUAGCCGAAAUAGUUUCCCUAUGCUCCAUUUAUACUUAGAUAGCAUCAGGAAGUCAGAGGACAAUAAGGGAAGGGAGUUAAAGAAUACGAACUCAAACUAGAGGCUUGAUGUAGGAAGAGGCCGAGAGAGUCGGUAUGAUCGAUGCCCAUGUAUAGCUGGGGAUGGUAUUUACUACCUUUGGUAAUUAAAAUGA